AUGGCGUCGCUUCCACCAAGGCAUUCUGCGGGCGGCAGAAGCCGUUCCUCAGAUCAAGAUUCGUCUGCCAGCACCAGCGGAUGGGUUGCGUCCGGGGCAAACAACGACAAUGUGCCAUCCUACGACACGCUAGGAGAUUCCGAGACCGUCCUGCUUAAUCGCCCGUCGAUCGAAUCUGAUGCACCGUCUCCAUCACAAUCACAAAGCGCGGCGCGAGAAAACGAAGAGGAAGAUGCGGAGAGGACUGAACGAGCCCGUACGGAGGAGUCUCUGAUGACGCAGGAGCCACGAAAGUGUUGGAUCUGCUAUACCGACGAGACAGAAGAUUCGCCGCUCAAUUCCGAAUGGCGCUCGCCGUGCCCGUGUGCCCUGACGGCACAUGAAGCUUGUCUGCUGGACUGGCUCGCCGAUCUCGAGAACCCUCGAAACCGCAAGCGCAAUGGCGGGCCAGCCAAGAUGCAGUGCCCCCAAUGUAAAUCCGAAAUUGUCAUCUCGCGCCCUCGCAGCUACAUUGUCGAUAUCGUCCGGGCCAUCGAGAGGCUGGCCGGUCGGCUGGUUCUCCCGGGGAUGGUGUUCACACUGGCAGGAACGGUCUGGGCGGGGUGCUGCGCGCAUGGCGUGUAUUCGAUGUAUUUCGUCUUCGGCACGGAAGAUGCCCGACGGAUUUUCGAGGACAGCGCCGACGGUUCCUGGAAUCCGGGCCUGAACCUUGGACUUCCCCUCAUCCCGCUGGUGCUCAUCUUCUCCAGGACGCGAUACGCCGAGGGUCUGCUGCCGGCCAUCCCGGUGCUGUUCUUUGCGACGCAUAAUCCCAGCGGGCUGGAACCGCAAGGGGGCAGCCUGUGGCCACCGAGUGCGGCCAUGACUUUUGCCGCUCUUCCAUACGUGAAGAGUUUCUACAACGCCCUCUACGAGAGGGUCUUUGGACCGCUGGAGCGGAAAUGGAUCGCCGAGGUCCAGCCUCGCCAUGGGGAGGAGGAGGCUUCGGAUGCCGAGCGACAGGGUAACGGUGGUGGUCGGCGACGAGCCGCUGCGCUGGGCGAAGUGGGGGACGGGCAGAUCCUGAUGGAAAUCGAUCUGGAGCUGCAACUUGGAGUCGGCGAUGACCAGCAGGACCAUGAUAUCCCAGCGGACGCACCGGACGUGCCGGUCGAGGGCAAUCAACAAAACGGCGAAGGCGCAGCCCGGAAUAAUGGCCAGAAUCGGGACCAACAGAUCCUGGGCCGUCACCGGGAGGAACUGAUCCACGAUACGAGCAGUCUUGCCGACACCGUGCUGGGGGCGCUGUUGUUCCCGGCGAUUUCGGCGUCGAUGGGCGGGCUGUUGAAGUGGAUUUUGCCGAAAUCGUGGACGACGCCACCGUCGACUCUGGAACGAGGCAAGACGGGGCUGCUGCAGAGUCGAUGGGGACGCAGCGUGGUUGGCGGAUGCCUGUUCGUGCUGCUGAAGGACGCAAUCAUGCUCUAUUGUCGGUGGAAGCUGGCACAGACGCACCGGAAGCGGCGAGUGCUGAAUUACGACCGGGCGAAGAAGCCGGUUGUACGAUAG